AUGGCAAUUACUGGUUAUUUUAUCGAUCUGAAUUGGCAAUAUCGGGAGAUUUUACUUGGUUUUGAACACCUUCAUGGCACACACUCCGGGCUAAAUUUAAGUGUAGUGCUUUGGGAUGUUCUCCGGAAACAUCAGAUUGAAGACCGAGUGCUUGCUGUUACUACAGAUAACGCAUCAAAUAAUAGCACUUUGGUCUCAAAUCUCCAAGAUUCAGUCCAAUCCUUGGCUACUGAUUUUAGGCCUGCUGUUAUUCGAGUCCCAUGUGUUGCCCAUGUGAUACAGCUUGCUCUUAAACAUCUACUUGCGCUCUGCUUAUUACCAGGCAAAAAAAAAGAGUACUACAAGAGGACCUACUGUGAUCAGGGCUUUCUCUAUAGCACGGGGUCUUUACUUGCUACUCAAUAUAAACUCUCUGCCUUUGAUGAUAGGGAGUAUUCUACUUACUAUAAGGAUACAUCAAAAAGGUACUGUGAAUACUUAAGAACAUGUUUCACGGAGUAUCAGCAACAAAACCCCGAGCUGUUAUUUCGCACGGUGCAUCGCUCUUCCACGCUACACAGUUCAGAACUUGAUCGGCUACUUGAACCAGCGGAUGACUGUAUGCUCCACGAAGGGGCGGAGCAUAACGAGCAAAUGCCCCUGUGCCACCACGGCUCUACUAGAGAGAGCAUAAGCGUGAAUUCCCAGUGCUUUCUCGGCUUGCACGCGACUUGCUUUCGGUUCCGGCACCGGCGCGGACGUAGAAAAGGCUUUUCAAUAGCGCGCGAGACAUCUGCCACUAUCGUCGAGGAUCUCUUCAUGAAGCGACUAUUCAAGACUUGA